CCGAGGAGCAGACAGAACUUUCUUUGGAAGUUUGAGAGAGACCAACCAAAGUCAUCUACAGCAAGUCAGCCAGUCAGCCAGUCAGCCAAUCAGCCAGCCCACAGCUCUUCUACUGGUACAGUACUACUCGUCUUCCUCCAACCAUGACAGAGAGACGUAUCCCCUUCAGCCUGCUCCGCACCCCCAGCUGGGACCCCUUCCGUGACUGUUACCAGGGCAGCCGGCUCUUUGACCAGGCCUUCGGCAUGCCGGCCGUCCCUGAGGAGUUCCCCACCUUCCCCAGCACCCACUGGCCCGGCUACAUGCGCCCAUCCGCCUUUAGCCCCGACAUGUCCGUUGCUGGAUUCAUACCCUCCAUGAUGCCCCAGAGCCCUGUGAUGUCCCCCCUGCAUAGUGCCAUGAUGCAGGCUGCCAUGAUGCCCCAGGCUACGGUGAUGCCCCAGGCCCCCAUGAUGCCUCAGGCUGGGGCAGCGUCGUACGCCCAUGCCCUCUCCCGCCAGCUCAGCUCUGGCAUGUCUGAGAUCAAGCAGACCCAGGAGACCUGGAAGGUUACUCUGGACGUCAACCACUUCUCCCCUGAGGAGCUGGUGAUCAAGACCAAGGAUGGUGUGGUGGAGAUCACUGGCAAGCAUGAGGAGAGGAAGGACGAACAUGGAUUCGUGUCCAGAUGCUUCACCAGGAAAUACACCCUGCCCUCUAUGGCCGACGCUGAGAAGGUGACGUCCACCCUGUCCUCUGAGGGAGUUCUGACCGUGGAGGCUCCUCUGAACAAGCAGGCCAUCAAGGCUGCAGAGAUCUCCAUUCCUGUCACCAUGGGCAGCAGCAAGACCAAAACCCUGACGACAUGACGAUGAGGAAGAAGAGGAGUGAAGAAACUCCACACACACACACACACACACACACACACUCAGAUGAACACACACAUUUAUCCUAGACACAGAGGAAAUUGUGAGACAGGCGGGGGGGUAGGUAAAACGGUGAUAUUUCCACACUGACUGUAUAGUUACAGUAAGCUCUUGAAAUGCAUCAACAAAAUGUUUCACACACACGCCUUGAACAUUGUGAGGGAGAAACAAGAUACAUUAGGGAUUGCCCUCUCUCUCAUUCAACCCCUCUCUCUCUCGCUCUCUCUCACUGUCUGUCUGUCUGUCUGUCUGUCUGUCUGUCUGUCUGUCUGUCUGUCUGUCUGUCUGUCUGUCUGUCUGUCUGUCUGUCUGUCUGUCUGUCUGUCUGUCUGUCUGUCUGUCUGUCUGUCUGUCUGUCUGUCUGUCUGUCUGUCUGUAAUGAACUCAGCUCUGUGUAGCUGGCUGUCAACACAUCUACACCAUCUACCAUGCUAUAUCUCAUACUCCAGUAAUUACUAUAUGCAUUGAAUCAGGGGACAAAAACUGUUGCACACACACACACACACACACACACACACACACACACACACACACACACACACACACACACACACACACACACACACACACACACACAUUCACACACACCCUCCUCAUCUAUAUUAUGUGCUUGUUAGACACUGAAAUCUAUUACAUCUGCAAACAGUGACUACAACCCUGCUGCUGUCUGUCUGCAUUGUCCACUUGCUCUCUCUCUCUCUCUCUCUCUCUCUCUCUCUCUCUCUCUCUCUCUCUCUCUCUCUCUCUCUCUUCACAGCCAAUAAGACACCAGUGAUAAUGUACUCUGAUCCCAGAUCAUUUUGUUGACAAUGACUAUCGGAGUUGUAAAGACUGCACAAACUGAUCUGGGACCAGGCUAGUAGUACAGCACAGAACCAAAUGGGCCAGCACAUCUGGCUAUUCCACUCAUUGAAAUAGAAUUACAUUCUAUUCCUUUUAUUUUCAUGUUUUCACCAUCCACUGACUGUUGCAGGAAAAUCACUGUUGGAAAGCUGUAUCCCAUGUAAAACGUUGAAUAAAGAAAAAUCCUAAUACAA